GACCAAGAUACCAGAUGACGUCAUAAAUAAAGUUGAGAUUCCUCAUACUGAUCUGAUUUUCGAGUACGAGGAUUCCUACAAAGAAAAGUUUAAUAAGCUAGAUGUUGAAUCACAGUUGAAGAUAAGCAUUCUCUCGGGUUUACUCUCUUUGGAAGGGUCGGGGAAAUAUUUAAAAGAUGUGAAAAGUAGUUCCAAAUCUGUGAAGGGCACUCUGAUAUACAGAAUGUCUUCGGUCCAAGAAAGUUUAAAUAUUAAUCAUGAUGAUGUCAAGACAUACAUUGCUACGGACGCUUUUAAUAUCCAAGGUGCUACGCAUGUUGUAACAGGCAUAAAGUGGGGAGCCACCAUGAUGUCAUCAUUUGAGUGUAAGAAUAGAAACAUAAGGAAUAAGUCGAAAAUUGAAGGAAUCCUUAAGGCCAACUUGGAAAAGGUUUCCACGUGCAUUGGUGCUUCCAUAGGAGUCGAUGCAGGUGUUAAAGAAGAACGAUUGGAAUUUUCGAAUCACUUUUCAAUAAAGAUUCACGGGGACGUUAUUCCCGAUAAUAAGAAACUCCCUCAGUCCUUCGACGAAGCAAAAGAAAUUCUGACCGAGCUCCCUCUGUACGUCAAAAAAUAUAAUUGCGGGAAAGGAGUGCCCAUUGAAUUCACACUUUAUCCAUUGUCCGAACUUGCAAGGAAAUUCAAGCACACCAUUACUAUUGGAAGCAUUAUAACGGAAUUAAACGAACAAACGAUUUUAAGAGUGGAGCAAAUUUUUGAUGAUUUCCUUAAAUCGAAAAAGAUGUUGAAUGAUUUACGUGAUGAAGCCAGAUCCAUAUCCGAUCACAUACUUGACGUGACUUUGCACAUAAUCGAGAAGCGCGUGCAGGAUACCAAAAUAGAGGAAACGAAUUUCAGGAAUAAACUCGCUGAUAGUCUUAUUUUGGUGCGUUCUGGCAGAUGCAAUAUCAAUGAAAUCGAACGAAGGAUAUCUGAUUUCCAGAAGAGCAUACUAUCCGAUGAAUCUAUUG